AUGACGCUGAAGUGUGACCCGUGUGAAGACGACAGUUACCCUCUCAACCUGUCCACCAGCGGCAGAAGCGGGUCUGCCGCCAAACGCCGCCGCCGUGGAAACCUCCCCAAAGAAUCCGUUCAGGUUCUGAGGGACUGGCUGUACGAGCAUCGCUUCAACGCUUAUCCAUCAGAGCAGGAGAAGCUGAGCCUGUCUGGACAGACGCAUCUCUCUGUGUCACAGAUCUGUAACUGGUUCAUAAACGCCCGCCGGAGGCUCCUGCCGGACCUGCUGAGGAAAGACGGCAAAGACCCCACUCAGUUUACAAUGUCACGACGCACCAGCAAACCAGACAGAUCCGCCUCCCCGGAAUGCCCCAACUCUGCGACCCGCCCCUCUGUCAUCUGCCCCGCCCCCAUAUUGGACUUGAGGCUGUUGGGUAACACUGCGACGGCAAUUUUGGCUGGAGCCGGUUGCUUGCCGUCGUCAGGAAACCGAGACGGCAGUGUUCAGGCUCUGAUGCAGCUGGACACUCGAGGUCUGCUGAGACGGGAAGGCCUAACUGGAGACCAGUACCUGACGACCAUACCGUAUGCUUCUACCUCUGUCCAAACCCUGGGAGCGGUGAGCCCAAAUGGGGUCCUGUUCAACACGCCUCCACCUACCCCACCGGAGCUUUGCCCUCAAGAUUUCAGCGAUCUGAAGCUUCUGAUGGAUGCGGCCCUGCAGCGAGCGGCCGAGCAAGAAGUCAGUCAGCAGAAAGAACAAACGAUGCAGCAGCAACCAAACGGACCUACAAACGAAAGUUCAAGAGCGCUCAUCCAGAACAGCGAUUCGGAGACUCCUUCAAGGGACAAAUCUGAUGCUGCACCGAGCUUGACGGAGAGCUCAGUAUUACCCGUAUCGGUUCCUAUCAUGAGCCACUCUUUUUCAGGCCCUCCCGUCGAUCUAAGCACGGCUGGUGUCUCCGAUGUGAAAUCUGGAAGCUUUGCGUGGAGCGUUCGACAAACCGGUCCACCUGCGAAUGUGGUAUCACACACAUGGGUUUCACAGUACACACGUAAUACGGUCACGGAAGCGGUUAACUAAAAACUCAAGCAGACAAAGUCACUUUAGACUCCCAUUUGUUUGCUUCUUUUUGUUGGAAGACUCUGGAGCAGAUGCCUCCCCAAAUCGUUGUCACAGAUACCGUUUGGAUGUUGCUUGGUACCCAGAGAGGCUCUUCACUGAAAUUCUCUUCAGGGGAUUCCGGAGUGAAGCUUCUCUACACCACAACGUAUUUUUAAGACAUUUUUAAAAACUUUUUAAACCAAAACCCUUUACCUUU